CCGUCUUUGUUUCACCCAGUCGGGCCUUGCCCCGAUACGCGCACUGUUCUAUAUAACACGCUGCCAAAUUCAAUGAAAUUAACUCGCAACUUCACAGAUUACGUGCGUUGUUGGGUUUGUCUAUUCCCUAGAAGUACAAUUUCAUGAGUUCAUACACAUAUACAUGUACUUUCUAAUUCGGGAUAAGUAUUAAGCAAUAACUCAUGCCGAAUGAGCCAAACAUUGAGCCGCUUUUGUCGUUCUCCUUAGAACUUAAGUUACCAAGCACAGUGACUUCACGUUGGACGGUUUAGAAAUAAAAGUUGACAUUCUAGAAAAAUAUUAAAGCUCUGGUCUAGGCACAUGUCGCUGGAAUUAUUAAUGGUCCCUGUAAAUCCCUCUCACUUCCAAAGCACUGAUGUAAACAUCGCUAUUUUCUGUCCUUAUUUCAAACGAAUGAAAAUUGACUAUUCGUAGUUCAUCAUAGCCGGGCCUAGCUUGCUAGCGUUAGCGGUGGCUAAACUGUAGCUUUCGAGUUGGCAUACCUGACCUGUCAACGCUGUUGCUGCUAUGGAGCAACCACCAGGGAGCUUGGACGAGCUUCAACCUCAGGACCUCUCCACCUCAAGCAUCCCUGGUGUGGUUGACCUGACCAGGAAAGGCAGCCUGAAUGUCAAGUCCUGUGAUGUCCGGCACCUGGUCCACAGCCCUGACUGGCACCAAAACUCUGGAUUACCCUCCUCAGAAACCACCUCAUCGAGUGCCUCACACCAAUCAGUGGAUCAAAUUCAACCAGACAAUGCCUUGUCCCACACCACAGUGACCCUAUCCUAUGUGAGCAGGUCUCACAUUUACUCAGCAGCGCAGCCUCUAGCUGUUUUGCCACCUAUCAGAAAGUUCUCCCUCCUCCCUUCCUGUGCGGCUGAGAAAGGGUUUGGGGAGACCGCCUAUACACUGAACCAGCAUUACUUGGAACAUACUGACACGCCAGUCGACCUCGCCACCAAAGCUUACUCUGAGGCUCCAGAGGUUGAUGGACUUUGUUUACCACAGGAGCUUUGUGAAUUAAAUGGAGGAUUAAAUUCGAGCACAACUCUCGGAGAGGAACACAGCAUUCCUGGGAGGGCGGAAACGAGUGAAAGGUUGGAGAAUGGACAAGAUGACAGCUGGUCAAGUUUAGGUGUGGUUUCUGUAUCGUCACCAGAGGAGACUGACCUAAGGAACGAUGACAGCAAUGGAAUCUCCGAGACGCUGCUAUAUGUAUCUAAAAAAGAGGAACCACUGGUGGUCCAUAACAAAGUGGCAGUUGUAAAGCUGUGCUCACUCCCCAGGAACUAUAGAGGCCUUCUGGAAGAACCCGUUUCUCCCUCUGCUACCUCAUUGGGUGAUGUUGAGGAUGUGUUCAUGCAGACCCAGGCCGCCUGCUCAACAAGCGGGGAUAACUCUCUUCAAGCAGAUGAGGUUGCAUGGAAUGAUUCAGUCACAGAAGGGGCCAUUCAGCUCAGAUCUGGCAUUGGCAACACUGCCACAAGUUUCGAUUCAAGCGAUGAAAACAGACAGCCUGUCCACAUAAAGAAGCCGGAGCUGAUGCCGCUUGUUGACUUGACUGAGGAUGUUCAUUUGUCUGGAAUUUCAAAGGAGAAACCCAAAACUCUCACUCCUCACAUGAACGGCAACGUCAGCGCGCUCCAGAGGACUGUAAAUGAAAGGAAGUUGCCUUUACGUUCAAAUAGAGGGGUGCGCUUAGAAUCACUGGUCAUGAAUAUAAGUUCAAGGAGUUAUAAAAUAUCCGGAUUUGUUAACACUAACAUAGAUGCUUCCAAAAGUCGGGAUUCUUAUGCAACAAAUCCAAAGAGGAAUGACACUAUGCCUGAUGGACAAAGGAGAAACAGAGUGAAAGCGAAACAAAAAGCAGUUACCCAGCCUAAAAAAGACAAAGCCAAUAGCAUUAUAACACAUCAAUACAAAAAUACUACCUCUAAUUGUGUUAAUAAUCCUAGCAAACCAAAAAGCCCAAAGUUUACAAACAGUAUUCCAGAGGAUGUCCCCUACCGUGGACAUGUGACACAGAGGAGUCCUGCGAGGUCAAAGAGGAGACUCUGUUCAGCAUCAACUCGUUUGAUUAAAAACUCAAAAAAGGAGCCCGUGCUUUGCGUGCAGUCUGAUUCCUCAUUGGAAAAAAAUCCAGCAAGAUGUCCCCCACUAGCAACUAAAGAAUCUCCAAAGAAAAGCCCACGUUCUGCGAAAAGUCCGCAAAAAUCAUCCGCGGCAAAGACCAAAGUGUCUCCCGCUCCCAAGAGGCGACGGAAGAAGUACGAACCGAGACCAUUUUCUUCCAUCUUUGCUCCCAAGGAGCCCGAGAUCAAAUUGAGGUAUAUUCACUACAGGGAGGAAAAAAAACACUUGAGGUAUGAGAAUUUUUCCCCAUUCAUCCGCGUGCAUCACCAGCAGUCAUCGUCAUCACUAUGUACUGUCGUGAAUUACCCAGAAGAGGUCAGGACGCAGCACAAAAAGGGCCAGAGAGAGCUACAGGAUCACCACAGUAGCUUUAUUUCCGGAACCGUACCCAACAGUUCUUGUCUCCUGCUGGGCCGGGUGUCCACUCGGGGUCAGCAUCGGGGCUCCCUCAUCUGUUGCCUCUGCGGACUCUCUGCCAAUGCCAUGGACUUGGGGGAUCUCCACGGUCCUUACUACCCCAAAGGAUACCGGGUGUCGAACCCCAAAACAUCAACACCUACGUCCGGCCCGAAAGGUGACAAGGAUGACGACAGUGAUUCCGAUUCUUCAUCUUUUAGUGUCGAGGGAGGGGCGAGGAAACGCUCUGUUCCACCCUCGUCCUGGAGCCGCAGGCCGGCGAAUCAGCGGUGGCAAAACGGUCCCUCGCCGAGCUGCCAGGAGGCCGCUGACAACAGUGGCAGCCCUGCAGCAAAACGCGCCUGUUCAGAAAUGUGGCCAACCGAUGUCGAAGAUUGGUACAGCCCACCCGUGCUGCCCAUGGAGCCCCGUGAGUACUGGCUCCACGAAGACUGUGCCAUCUGGUCGGCUGGCGUGUUCUUGGUGAAGGGCAGAGUCUACGGCCUGGAGGAAUCCGUCAAAGUGGCCCAGGAGACGAUGUGCUCGGCCUGCUCUGCCGCAGGCGCAACGCUCGGCUGCUUCUUCAAAGGUUGUCCCAGCAAAUACCACUAUAGGUGUGCUCUGGAGGCGGACUGUGUCCUCAUCGAAGAAAACUUCUCCAUGAAGUGUAAAAAGCACAAAAACAAGACAUUCAAAGCCCCAGCGGACAUGCACAGUGAUCCGGGGAGAAAAAGACCCUCUUGACAUUCACCUGCCAAAUCGUACCAAGGGCUGGCUCACCCUCUGGACUGUGUGGACCGGCACCCUUGUUAUGGACAUCUAGCACCCAAAAACCUUAAAAUCCUCCUUUCUAGUUUGACUCACAACCCCCCAACCCCCUUUUUUUUCCCUAUUUUUAUUUU